GGAAGACAGCAGAACAGGAGGAGAAGGAGAAAGAAGUGUGCAGGACGCUAAUAAGUCAGUCUUAUUAUUUGUUAUCCAGUUUGAAAUAUACAUCUGUGAUUCAUUAUGUAAGGAUAAAGUGGUCUGGAUGCGCUAGAAGCACUGUGCCGCUUCUCGUGCUAUCUUUGCUUGUUAGUUAGCUUAGCUCGCUAGUUAGCUUAGCUUGUUAGCUGCUAACAGAAGACACAGAAGUUAUCAACACAUCGCUAAGUAGAGAUCAAGUGUGAGAGUAAAGUGUUGUGAUUGUGUGAAAAUGUGCCAAAGAACCAUAGCAAAGUAUGAGGAGGAACUUUGUCCAACAAAAGAGGAGAAGGAGCGACAACAUCAACUACUGGACGCUGUUUUCAAGAAACAUCAAGUUGUGUUACACAGAACAGACGUCUGUGGAGAACAACGUCUGCCUGAAAAAAAGGAGAGUAGCUUCAGGAUGGUGAAGGAGGAUCCAUCGAAGAGGAAGACCAGGCGCCACGGACCUUCUGGCGUCUCCUUUUCCUCUUUGACACAGACCCUUCCCUGUAAAAAGGAAGAGGAAGACUCACUGACGCCCCACAUUAAAGAGGAAGAGGAGGAACACAGCAUCACUCAAGAGGGAGAUCAUCUUGAAGGACUGGAGGAGUUCCCAGUGACUGGUGUCCCUGUGAAGAGUGAAGAUGAUGAGGUGAAAGGUGAAAGUGAGGAGAGGGGAGGGGGGGAGCCUCCAAGCAGCAGCUCAACACAACACAUGACAACAGAAGCUGAUGGAGACCACUGUGGAGGAUCACAAGCAGACAAGCUCUUAGCUCCACUAUCAGAUAGUGAGGACACAACGUCACACUCUCCUGACACUGAUGAUGAAGACUCUAAAGAUGAUAAGACAUGUCACACUGACAACACUCACUUCACAUCUUCUCACUCUCACAAAACCUUUCAAUACCAUUGUCGUCUGAAAUCACACAUUAGAACACACACUGGAGAAAAACCUUAUGUCUGUUCAAUCUGUGGUAAAGGUUUUGUUGAAAAGCAGAGUUUGAAAAAACACACAAUAUUACACACUGGUGAAAACCCUUUUAUCUGUUCAACCUGUGGUAAAGGUUUUGUCGAAACUCACAAAUUGAAAGUACACAUGAGAACACACACUGGUGAAAAACAUUUUUCCUGUUCAGUCUGUGGUAAAGGUUUUACAAAUGGUCACAAUUUGAAAGUACACAUGACAACGCACACUGGAGAAAAAUCUUUUAUCUGUUCAAUCUGUAGUAGAGGUUUUGUUCUAAGUAAAUAUUUGAAAGUACACAUGAGAAUGCACACUGGAGAAAAACCUUUUUCUUGUUCAAUCUGUAGCUUAUCUUUUUCAAGGAAGGAACAUUUGAAAGUACACAUGAGAACACACACUGGCAAAAAACCUUUUUCCUGUUCAACCUGUGGUAAAGGUUUUACACAAAGUCAGAGUUUGAAAGAACACAUGAAAAUACACAGUGUAGAAAAACCUUUUUCCUGUUCAAUUUGUUGUAAAGAUUUUUUAAAUCGACAGUCUGUAAAAGUACACAUGAGAACACACACUGGCGAAAAACCUUUUUCCUGUUCAACCUGUGGUAAAGGUUUUACACAAAGUCAGUGUUUGAAAGUACACAUGAGAACACACACUGGUGAAAAAUCACAUUCCUGUUCAAUCUGCAACAGAAGCUUUAGUGACCGAUCAACCCUUGUAGCACACAUGAGAAGACACCCAGGAGAGAAAGUGUUGAGUUGCAGUGUGUGUGGUGAAAGAUUGUCUUCUAAGUACCAGUGUAAGAAACACAAGUGUGCUGGUGAGAACAGCAGCAGCAAAUGAAACUGCAGGAUUUGAAAUAAACUGUCCAGACUUUCAUUUUGACUUUCUAACAACAUCAGCACAACAUCAAUCAAGUACAUGCAUUAAUGUACUUUUAUUAAAUAUUGAACAAAAUAAUUUGACCGAAAAGGUGAGUGUAAACAGUACAAGACAUAUUUUACAUACAAAAAACAUUUUAUUUGUAUAUGUAUGCAUAAUACAAUUUUAAACUUAUUCAUAAUAGUUUUUUAUAGGCGUUUGAAAUAUUGAAGAAUUACAUUUUUUUUUAUUUGUAAUUGUUAAUAACCCCAUAGAUUAUCACCUUUAUAUGAUAUACAUAUGUACUGGUUCACAUCUGAAACAUCUUCUGGACCACUUCAGGAAGCAUAUUAUUAUUUACUUUAUACAUCAUUUGAACAGUUGUCUUUUAUACAAUUUUAAAAUGUGUGUCUUUUUGAAUCAUUUGUUGGGUCUCUCUAAUCCAUUUUAUUAAUGAUCUUUAUUACUCUGCUUCACAGUGUGAAUGUUGUCUGUCUAUCUGUGUUGGCCCUGCGAUGAGGUGGCGACUUGUCCAGGGUGUACCCCGCCUUCCGCCCGAUUGUAGCUGAGAUAGGCGCCAGCGCCCCACGCAGCCCCGAAAGGGAAUAAGCGGUAGAAAAUGGAUGGAUGGAAUUACUGUCUUUUGUAAUAUGAUGAUUGUGUUGUGAUUGUUUCAUAUGUAUGUCCCCAGAUCUUUAUACAAUAUAAAAGUGAGAGAAAAUGGCUGAAGUGUUUGUGGAAGGAUGGUUUUGUUUUUACAAACUUACAUUUGUGGAUAAAAAAAAAACUCCUAUUAUUGUGUUUUAAACAUUUUUAUGGUUGUUUUUCUUUUUAACAUCCCCAAAACAAUAUCAAUAUCAAUCAAAGUUUGUCUUUUUAGGCAAAAGCCAAUAUUGUACAUCAUCCUACAUAGAUUUACUUUGCAUACAUUCAUAAAAUAAACAGUUUAUUUUGUUUCCCAAUCACAGAACGAACAAGUGUUGUCUUCAAUUGCAAUUCAAUAUCCUAAAAAUGAUUUUAAGUGGUCAAUUCCGGGGUUGUUUUUUUUCCAAAAUGAACCCCUUUGCCUUUGGAAGAUUGGAAACUUUCAAGUUCUAUUUUUUUUUAAUAUACUAUUGAAGAAAUAGUAAAUAAUUACAAAAGAUGGUAUGCUGUAAUUAGAAUGUUUUUUACAAAAGCCUUUUAUUUUUAGUAAUUAUUUUUAUUUGCAGGUUAUAGUUAAUGAAAUCUUCAAUUCAUAAAAUACUUUUCUCACUCAAUAAGUGCAUCAGUGACCAAAUGCCUUUUUCAAACCAUUGCUGUUCAAAGAUGGAUUUGUUUCUCAUUUUAAUAUAAGAACAAUUCCAUAGUGGAGUAUUGUGUGUGAUGAAGUUGUGUUUGUAAAUUAGUUUCCAGUACAACAACACUACUCUAGCCUUGACUGGAGGGCAAAGCAGGUCUAAAUAGCAACCGGCUGAUUGACAGUCCAGGUGUGGCCAGGUGCCAAUCAGCCGCAUCUGAGGGGAAACAGCUCUCAGAGAGACAAGCAGGAAACUGAACCAAAAUAAGAGCGCUUACAGGAAAUAAAAACAAACACAGAGGAAAAAACCUAACUAAACUGUCAGUGACAAAUUUGACACAUUUAUUAAAAAAACAAAACUUCUAUCGAUAUUUGCAGUUGCGGCAUUUUGUUAAUAUGAAGGUGAAAAAUGUAACAAAGACCAGCAUAUGUUUAAUUGAACUGUUUACAAAAGUUUACAAUUCAGAAACUAUUGAUAGAAGUGUUUCAUGCUUGUAUAAGAAAUCAUAUUCAACUUUAUAUAUUAAAACAAAAUGGGAGAAGGAAGGAGGGAUAACUACAUCUGAGGAAGAAUGGACAAUAAAAUGGAGAUAUCAAUGGACUUGUAGCAGCUCACCCAAGUGGAGAGUUUGGCUGGGAAAGUUUUAUUCCACCUUCUCAGAAGUCUCAGUAUGAUAACAACUCCCCUGCCUGUUGGACAAAUUGUGGGAAUCUAAAGGCAAACCACUAGCAUGUUUUCUGGGACUGCUCUGCCAUAAAGGACUAUUGGAAAGAGAUACA